AAAGCAACAUAGCCAAACUGCUAGCACUGGCUGGAGACUUGAAACCGUCGCCUGAAAAUAAACGCAACUCGCCUUAAACUUUGAAUUAAAGAUGAAAAAACACAACGUGCACUGAAAGCAAAGACACUUUUCUAGUUUAAGCGCAAAGCCAAGAGCAGUGCUCUAUAAGAAGUGCCAGGGGCCAGCUUGAAAGUUUUGAAAACCGCGAUACUUGUUUCGCCAGCCCUGCACGGGGGGUCUUGUUUUUUUUUGUUUUCUACCCGUUUUCAUUUGGAAAACUUGCGAUUUCCGGGGGAAACUGAGGAGUUGACCAGGCACAAGGGCUAGGAACAUGGACGGCGACAAGCAGCUGGAGAGGCAGCUGGAGCAGGAGCUGGACGAGAUGCCGGCCCAGGACCUGGACGACGACGACACCUACGACGAGUACGACCUGAUAGUGAUGCCCGACCAGGCCAAGGCCUCGCCGAAGAAGGGUGCCGCCGCCCCAGAGGAGGACGACAUCCAGGAAGUCCUGGACGACGACGACGACGACGAUGAGGAGGAUGAGCGGGAGCAGGAGCCGCAAGGGGCUGCCGGGAAGGCCGUGUCCAAGCUGCCAGUGCGCUGGCCAGAGCCCAGCGCCGACGAGGACGUGACCACCAUUGAGCUGAUCUCCUCGGAGGAUGAGGCGUCGCUGGACGAGGAGCCAGCCGGCCACCGUUCGCGCACCUCCUCCCGCAGCAGCGAUGUGGUGGGCGUGAUCGAGGACUCGGACAGCGAGCUGUCCAGCGACAGCGACGGAGCCGACGGCAGCAACCGGCUGGAGCAGUCCUACGCGGAUCUCCUGGCGCAGCCCAACAAGCACUUCGCCAAGCUGGUGGCCAUCAGCGAGAUAGCUUUCAAACUCAACGACCUGGAGAAGAUCGAGUCGUCGGUGCUCUCCCUGGAGCAGCUGGCCACUGUGCCGGCUCACAUCUGGCUCAAGUACCUCAAGGCCCGCCUGGUGGUCACCCAGACGACCGACGAGCGCAAGGAGUUCGAGAACAAGUGCGCCAAGGCCCUCAGCUUCUACUACAACAUACCGCUCUCCGAGUUCAUUGUCAACUACCUGGCGGACCAGGGCAAUGUGGAGAACCAUGUGCUGUGGGCCAAGCUGCUGGCCGACUACCACGUGGAGCGUCCCGACUUUGGCGACAAGCUGCGCCAGCUGCUGACCACCAUCGCGGACGCAAAGGAGGCCGCCGCCUUCGAGGAACUGCUGCAGAAGCACUGCGUCAGCUGGCAGUGCAGCCAGGAGCAGCGUCAGCUCAUCAAAGCCAUUGUCGACAACUAUAAGCGCCAACUGGACGACAUGAAGACGCAGCACAGCGACUGGGACUGGACCAAGAUACUCAAGCAGCACGUGGCCGAGGCGCAGGAGGCGUUCGCCGAGGAUGACCUCAGGAAUGCGGUGAUUCGCUUCCUCUUCGAGCGCACUGUGGCCAAGUUUCCCAUAGCCGACAUCCUGUGGCUCUCCUACAUCGAGUUCGUGCAGGGCGAGGGCGGCUCUGGGGAUCACGAGGAGGAGGAGGAGGAGAACGCCGAGUUGGCGGCCAAGCGACUGAGCCGCCUGGGCAAGGGCUUCUUGCGCUGCAACGCCCUGGAGCUGGCGCGGCGCGGCGUGCGCAGUCGUCCCAGCGUGCGGCUGAACCACCGCUACCUGGACCUGAUGGAGCGCGCCGACUACGUGCAGGCGGCCGUGGACGACCAGAUCCGCAGCAUACUGCAGCGCAUAGUGCCCGACAUGACGAUGACGGUGGAGCUGCACCUGGACUAUCUGGCCUACCGGGUGCGCAACACCAAUGCCGGCGACGAGGAGCAGGCCGCCAGCCUGCGCGCCGCCUUCAACAGCGUGUGGGAGGAGCUCUCCUCGCUGUACGGCGACAAGGCGGACAUCCGCUACGAGGUGCUGCAGCUGUGGGCGCAGGUGGAGUACACGCACCUGGCCAGUCCGGCCAAUGGCUCGCACAUCUGGCGCCAGAUAAUGGGCUAUCCUGGCAGCUCGCACCGCGGCUCGCUCUGGCUGGGCUUUGCCCAGAUGGAGAGCGAGUACAACGCCGGCCAGGGCACUCGCGAAAUACUCCGCGAGGCCAUGUCACAGCCCACCCUGGAGGAUGGCCUGCUGGUCAUGGAGCUCUAUCGUCGCUAUGAACGCUGCUACGGCACCUGCGAGUCCAUUGCCGCCUGCCAGGCCCUGGAACUGCCGGGUGACUGGGCGCGUCCGCGCUUGAAGACCAGGGCCCAGCAGGUGCAUCCCCGCCAGCAGCAACAGCAGCAGCAGCACCCCACACAGAAUCGCGAGCCCUUGAACCGCGAGCAGCGCCGCCGCCAGGCGCACGAGCAACAGCAGCAGGCGCUGGGCAAGAAGCGGGCUCUGCCCAAGGCCGCCUCCCGAACCGAAUCGCCCGAUGGCCCGCCGCCAGCCUCGAAAGCCAGGCUGGCCGAGCCGCCGGCAGCUGGCGAGGCCAAGGAAUCUAACUUUAAGUAUUCGCCCCAUCUGGAGGUCAACAAGAUCUUUGUGCGGAACCUGCAUCCCGCCUGCACCAAAGAGGAGCUGCACGGGCUGUUCUCGCCCUUCGGCAACAUCAAGGAUGUGCGCCUGGUGCACAAGCAGAACAAGCAGUUCAAGGGCAUUGCCUACGUGGAGUUCGAGCUGCCAGGAGAGGCCCAGAGAGCGGUGGCAGCAUGCGAUGGCCAGCUGCUGAAGGGCAUGAAUAUUUCCGUGGCCAUUUCGAAUCCACCGCCCAGGGGCUCCGCCUCGGACGCGCCCAAGCCCAGUGUGGCGCCCAAGCGACGCGUGCCCACCUCGCUGAUACCCACCACCCUGGUGCGCCAGGAGGUGGCCGCCAAGAAGCGCCGCCUGGAGCAGGUCACCGCGGCGAGCGACGGGCCCAGCACAUCAGCGACUCCAGCUGAACCGGAGGCCAAUGGCAAGCCCGCCAUUGCCGCGGAGGAAGGGAAGCAGGAGCAGGAGCAGGAACAGGAGCCAGUCGCUGCGCCCAAGUCCAACGACGACUUCCGCAAGCUGUUUCUUAAGGAUUAGGGCGUGAUCCGGCAGCUAGAAGCUAGGAGCCAGCCAAGCGUUAGGACCAGCGAUUAGUUAGCUACUUGGGGCAGUCCCAACCGAACCAAAAGGUAAAUUUAAUGUACAAAUUGAGGCAGGCAGGCGCAAGAUUCGCCAUUGGUUUCCCGAGUGUUAACCAAGUAAAAGAAGAAUAAGAAGUACAUCUCAGAUUGUUGCCCGCGGAGAGAACCAGAAAAUACAUAUGGAUAUGGGCAGUUUUAUGUAUAUGUUAGCCCUCUAGUUGAGAGAUCCUGAUAUCUGUGAGACAAUGCCACUAGUCGUGCCGCCAAGGACGAUUUUAAACGUACCCGAAACCGAAAUAAAAUGUACAAAAACGUGUGUUGACUAAAGCAA